AUGGAAAAAUCUUGCGAGAUGGAAAAACGAAUUUUAGAAACUUUGGAGGACCGAAUUCAAGAAGUGCAAGGCAAGUUUGCCGCUUUAGACGUCAAGACCAUCGACGAACGACAGCGUGGACUUCCGUUGGAAAAAUCAAGUGAGGUUGGAGCUUCUGUUGGUUCAGCUGGUCAUCUGCGAAUGAAACCGACGCAAUUUGAUGGUACAACGCCUUGGCCUGUCUACCGGCGUCAGUAUGAGGCAGCCGCGAAUGGAAAAGUUGGUCAUCGACCGAAAAGGCAAUUGCACUCACUUUGGCCAUGCGAUGAGAUGCUGCAGUUAUUCUUCAAAGAAUAUCACCCGAAGAGCAAGAGGUCUACGAACAGCUAG